ACACUGUAAUAUUGUAGCCUGGCAGCCAUUGAGAUUUUUCAAAUUUGCUUCUUAUAUUUGACUGUGUGUUUAUCCAAUAACUUGUGUUAGGGGUGUACCCCCAAUUGAUUGACUGUCACAUCUCACAAAAUAAGUUUCCAUAAAUAUAUACCUCAUUUGGCAAGAACUCUGUCGUGUUGCUGUUAUCCUCGCUCGUUUUGUUCUUUACGGCUUCAAUAUGUCUUUUAGUUCUCACCCUUCGAAUCUUCCCCAUUUUGUGAGAGAAAAUAAUUAAAAUAUUAAACAAGUUUGUAUCACAAUAUAUUUGGCAAAAACACCGGUAUUAAAUAAAUAGGCGGAAAUUCUCAGACCAACUGUGGAAAAUUGAAAUUUGGUGUUCAGUCUCGCCAGAAUUUAUAUUCAGUUCCUGGCCAAAUAUAUGUCUAGGGUUCACUAUUUGUUUGAUAAAAGUAGCUAAAGUUGCUUCUUUCCCAAAUCAAAGCAGCCAUAUUGCCAACACCAUCAGACACUUAUCACGUGUGUGUUGCCAAAGUGAUUGUGUAAAUUGAGCCGCUUUGUCUCGAAAUUGCAUCAAAUUUGAAUAGUAAUAUUUGCUUUAUCUCUUGACGGCCUAUUCCGGUGUCAACAGCAGGAAAGGCAAACGCGGUUUUCGCUUGCAAAAUACAACAUGUUUGGUGAAAGUCUAUGGUGGUUGGGUAUAAGACAUGUCUAAAAAGAACCCCUAAUUUUCGGUGGGAAAAGCCGUAACCGUGCACCAAAAUGGACACAAAGAAUUUGGAAAUACGUAGUAAAUCUGUUGAACAGACUUUGAUGCCAUUAAUGUCUCAGGUGGGUAGUAAAAUGUCAUGCAUUACAGGAUUUUAUACUUUUCUGUUUGGUGUUCUUAGUUUGGGUUGAAUGUGAAAUAGGUUGAUUUUAGUCGAGGUUUCAGUUAUCAAGAGUGAGAAAAUUAACGUUAAUUUUCAUUUCAUUAGUACAUAUUACAAUGCAGUAAUCUUGUAUAUUUUGGUGACAAAUAAAUAGAAUUGAAAGAUUUAGCUCCUCUUGGUGUAAAAAUUCAGAAGUUGAAUACCAUUAGCUGUUCUGUAUAAACGCAUACUGUAAUACUUAUGGUAGUUUUAAUAUGGUAGUAUAACUAAACAUGUGAAAAUUAAUUUUUCGUCUUUACUAGAUUACAACGCUAAUCAAUCACAAAAAUGCGAGGCUAAAAAGAUCAGCACAUGCACGUAAAACGCUGCAAGAUAUUUGCACGAAGUUACGGGAAGCCAUUCUAUAUUUUGUAAAAAUUGGCGAAGAGAUUGCGAGUGAGAAUCCUGAAUUUGCUGCAGACAUGAGCGAGGCUUGUAUCGAGGCGAAAGAAGCGGCUUCUAUGAUGAGUAGCUUGACAGAUAUUCCCAUGAACAAUGAAGGAGACACGGCUGUCACAGACAGAGCAAAUAUCAUUCGUGCCGCUAGAGCACUGCUUGCUGCUGUCACAAGAGUCCUCAUUAUCACCGACAUGGUUGUUGUUAAACGUCUUAUCACUGCCGCUCGAAAGGUAGGCUGUAUUUAUUAAAACUUCAAAUAUUUAUUUAUCACCCUAGAGUGGCUACGCGGUGCGCGUAAAACGCUAUAUCCUUUAAACUAACUCCCGUUCGCGCAAGCAGACAGCGACUGUAUAUUCUGAUAAAACGUGUAAACAUUUUGAAAAUUUCUUAAAUUUUUGCGCCAUUGUUUACAAUUCUUCAAUUCAAUAUUUUGACCGGAAAAUCCAUAGUGGCUUCCAUUUCACGCUCGAGUAGUUUGUAUCAUUUACUUUUCCACGGGCAUGGUAAACAAUCAACUCUAUAAAUCAUACCCAGAUACCCUACUAGAAUAUUGUAGCGUUAAAUCUAAUAACACUGUUAAAUCUACAAUGUUAUGUGAAAAAACAAAACCGACUUGGCGUGGAUUAUUUCCUGUGCCAAUGUUUGUCCAGAUUAUUAUAAACCUCAGUUGUUUUUACUUGAGUGUUUACAAUAAUAAAUUCAAAAGCGAUAUUGUGGCUAAGUGUUUAUCAAUAUGCACACAAAGAAUUCAGAUUAUUUUUUAAUAUUCCCUUUUCCAUGAAUUAUCCUAACACGUUUUUCAUUACUUCCCAUAUAAAAACCACAUCAGUUGUGACAAAUUGUGACAUGUUCCAUGAUUCUAAUGCGCGAUGAAUUCUAAUUAUUUCGCUAGGUUUUGACAAUGCUAAAACCUCAGGGAGAGACACCAGAUAAACAGAUGAUAGUAUCCUCUUUGAUGGUGCAAAUGAUUUCAAGCAUAUACCCUUUGUCUACAAUUCGCAGUCUUUCCCAGUGAAUGCGUGCUAAUUUCACAAAAAAUGCGCGAUGUAUUCUAAUUUUCCGCGGGGUUUUUUUUCACUGUCGCGCCGUUUGCGCGCAACGUGUCGAUAAGCGAAGAAAAACAACAGUACGAUAGCUGGACUAAUGGUGCUCACAUUGCUUCAUAAUAUUUGGUAAACUUGAGACAUACUGUUUCCUAACUAGACUGCAGAUGUUUUCCUAGCUCCCCGUGUGGUCUGGUUUCUUAAUAGUAAUCUUGUUACGAUCUUUAAUAUGAAGAAUUCUCACAUUCCAAGAGGUCAUGAGCAAGGACACAAGUGUACAAAAUAGUCCUAAUUAGGCAUCUGCUGCUUUUUGUAUCAUCUCUUAAAAUUUUGAUGUAUCACAGAGAAAUGACUAUAAUUUUUGUUGCCAUGAACACAUGAACUUGCAGAAAAGUAAAAAAAUGCAAGAAAUUUCGUUUUAUUUCCAAAACGGUGUCUAGACAGACAAGUAGUUAGACCACUACAAAAUUGAAUUGCAUUUUUUAAGUGUUAUUUAUAUUGUUUCCCCAUUUUUUGUAAGCAGUACUCCAGUAAGCAGUACACCAACACAGCAAAGUACUCCAGUAGUUUGACAAACAAUCAUGCAACCUCGUACCUAGGAUAGUUUGCUAUCAAAUCAUCGUUAUUUUGCAAAACGUUUGUCAAAUCCGAUCAAUAAAAGGCAAUAAAUUGAUCGCAAUCAAAUUCGUUUGCACGUUCGUAUGCAUUCUAAACAUUCCUUGAGAAUCUUCUCAUAUUUCCAUAGUUUAAAGCGCUACUGAAUUCUGCCUCCUAAAAAUGUCAAUUGAUUUUUGCAAUUUAUUGAACAAAUCCUAUCUUGGUGAAGGUUUACUCGAUACAAUUAUGUAAACCAGACAACACUCUAUGUUAUAUUUUGUUAACGCAUAUGUUUUCAUUGAUUAUCGUCCACGGGUAUAUAUAACGAAAUACCACAGAUAACUUAUGAUAUAAUUGGGAGAUAAAGCCAUCUCAAUGGGGGUACUGUUUGUCUUUCAAAUUUCAAUGCUGGAUUCCCAUUAUAAGAAGUAUUACACAAUCGUAAAGCUUAUUUACACUUGUUUUACACCGAAAAAACGUUUGUUGACAUUGGUUUUGUUAAUUUGCAACAGUUUUGUGAUAUAAUUAUUAGACAGUGUUGAUCGGUUGAAAUGUCCCAAAGCUUCGUUGAAACGAGGCUGACAUCUUGGGCCUUAUUUCAAACACUAUCUUGGGUAAUGUUUGCUGUUGUUGGAAGAUGUUGGAUUGAGUUUGACUUUGUCUUUGUUUAAAAUUUCCCUCCAACAUUGAAGAUGCUGAACUUGUAAAAUGUACAAACAUAUACAUAAAUAACGGGCAAAUGUACAAUGAUACCCAAGAAGUUGCUUGAAGGAUGAAACUAAAUAAUGUUUGGACGUUUCAUGAGAGAUUUCUUUCAUGAGAGAUUUCUUUUUAGCUGUGGUGUUUGAUUCCCUUCUCUUUACUUAGAUUAAAAUUUAGUCUAACAUGCAAAUUGUCCAUUGGUCUCAUUUGGCUUCAAUCCAUGAGCAUGUGUUUAUAUUUUAUAACAACGUGAUGCCAUUGUUAACUCUGAGCAAUAUAAUUAGUUCAUUUCCUUUUCAACGUCAAGCUUAUUUAAUAAAAUACGUCGAAAACUUCCUGAUUCGCAAAACAUUAAUUAAACUAUAAUCCUGUACAUAAGAACGCCCACGUCAAUGCAUUGUAGGGUAUAAUUAAACCUCUCUGCCAUAUCUGAUCUGAGGGCAAACACAUUUUUUGUGACAGAUUUUCUUGCCUGCUUCGUCAUAUGACCAGAUUAAAAUUCAUUUGUGUGCAAAACAACGUUAAAAGCACAUGCCAAAAUAUGUUCCAACUUAGUGACAUGCGUAUAAGUAAUGCAGUUCGGCAUAUGUCGACGUCGUAUUUUUUGCGCUAAUUUUCAUAUUCGUUUCUUCAAUUUAUACACUAAUAUUUAUCUUCCUAAUCCUUGAAAUCCUUAUCGCAGCUAUCGUAGACGUGAUGUUAUUUUGGGGUACUCUGGUUUGAAUUCCUGAGCAAGUUAAAUUCACGACCUAAUGUUCCAACACUUCGGUCUAGUGUCUUCACCAUGGGUGAAGAAACAGCCCUAAAAACUCCCUGAAUUGAAUCCACAAAACUCUUACAAAUCUUCAGUGAUUUGCCAAAUUCACCCUAAUAUAUCUUCGCCUUGCACCCCGCCCUUGCUUGCCUUCUUGUUACGAACCAAGAACCAUGUUUAAAUACGACAACGUUUAUUGGAAUUGUUAGGUUGAUGAACGGCUUCAAGCGUUAGAGAGUGUAAAUAACUUCACUGAGUUUGUUCAAGCAUUCAGUCAUUUUGGUGCAGAUAUGGUGGAACUCGCUCAUCUGUCUGGUGAUAGACAAAAUGUAGGUUGCCUUUAAUAGUAGUGUUCAUUAACCAGCCAUGGCGGUCUACAUUUUUCAGACAUUGACUUUUCAAAUGUUCAGAUCCAGUGUAUGUAGUAUUGGUAGCCUAAGAAGAUGAGAAUGGGGUGCUUGCCUGUUUGUUUGUUUGUUUGUUUGUUUGUUUGUUUGUUUGUUUGUUUUUGUCUGUCCGUCUGGUUAUUCGUGUUUGGUGAGGCACUUGAAGAAAUGAAAAUGAUGAAUACAACUACAUUGUAACUUAUUUCUUACAGGAUUUGAAAGACGACAUUUCCAAAGCUGAAAUGUGUGCUGCAAGAACUUUGCUAGAAAAGUCAACCAUGAUGUUAUUGACAACUUCAAAGGUACAUUAGUUUUCUCUGGCAACCUCUUCUUCCUAUGGAGGUCCAGUAUGGAUCAUCCCUAAGUUUAUAUAAUUAGUUUUCUAUUUAAACUGGCAACCUCUUCUUCCUAUGGAGGUCCAGUAUGGAUCAUCCCUAAGUUUAUAUAAUUUGUUUUCUAUUUAAACUAGCAACCUCUUCUUCCUAUAGAGGUUCAGUAUGGGUCAUCCCUAAGUUUAUAUAAUUAUUUUUCAGACGUUUCUUCGCCAUCCUGACUCGGGUUCAGCAAAACAGAACAGAGAAGGUGUCUUCCUCAAAAUGAGAAGCGCAAUGAAUACUAUAACCUCAGUCGCUCAGAGCAACGCAAGGAGACAUGAACCUAGGAAAGGACAACUCAUAUUGGAUCUUAAAAGCUUUGAUGUAAGAGUUUCUUUCCAUGGCUGGUGCUGUACAAUAUGUAGACCUCUUCCCUCCCCAGAAGAUUCUUCAAUGCGGUUUGGUGCAAAUGGGACCGAAAACUAUCCUUUAGUCGCCCACAUGGCUACCAGUAAAUAAGAUUCUGUCGCCAAAUUUAAUAUCAAUAACAAGAUCAAGUCGCCCUAUUAUCUUAAGUUUUUUUCUAGAACACCAAGAAGCGGCUACGUCGCAACCGCCAGCUCGCGCAUUUCAACCCCUGCUCGUACUUACUCAAAACUUGAAUAAUUUUCUGUAGCAUGUGGUAGAGAAGAUAAAGGCGAAGGGUGAUCUUAAUAAUCCUGAACUAAACAAAAGAUUAGAAGAAGGUUUAACACGAAUAUUGGAAGAUUCAAGGACGAUAGCUGGUGCGCCUCACACCAAGUCUGAAAAGAGAGAAAGUAUUUUAGCUCUUUGUGAAAACGCCGAGGAUGUAUUGCAGGAUCUCACUUCUACGGUAAAAUACAUUAGUGGGUGAUUCCAGCUACAGUCUAAAUUUUGACCAAGGCAAGAAGAACGAAAUCCAACAUCACAGCUAGAAAGAGCAUCUUAGAAUGAGUAAAACUGCAAAGAUUGGUUGCGAAAUGUUUUAAAAUGAAGAAAAUAUAGCCCUGUGAAGUUUGCAAAUUUUGUAUAUAUUUGUAUUACGCGCGGUAAAAGUGGUUAUUUUUCCCUCAAAAGUGGUUAUUUUUCCCGCGCGUAAUGUAAAUAUAUACAAAAUUUGGGAACUAUAGAGGGAAAGAUAGUCUCAACCAUGCAGUUGUAACCAAGAUUGUAGAUAUAGAAUAUGGCGGCAUCUCUCAGUGGGUAAUAUUAAUUUCUUAUUUUUAUCUUUGUCCGUAGAAAGAAGAGAAGGAUGAUAAACAAGACUUAACUUUACAAAGAAUAAGUAAAUUAACUAAAGAUCUGAAAACAGAGGUAGAACAACACAUUGCUAUUGAAAAUUCAUAUUGAGAGAACACAGUCGGGAAUCAAAUUUUUGCCACGGGCCCCGCGAAACGUUAAUCCAGCUCUGUUAUAGCCACAAACUCGGUUUUAGUAUAGCUUGUAGACCCAGUUCCAUUUUAAUUUCACGUCAUGAUUUCAGGUACAGCAAGCAGCAAGUGACCAAGUUUUUGAAACGUUCUCUCACUUGGGACACAAGAAAUCGUUGCCUGCGAUGCGGGCGGCAGCGUCAACGGGUAACAGUGCCCGUGUCGAUGAACUUGCUGAACUCUUUGUACGGGAUGUUAAAAAAUUACUUGAAGUAUCCAAGGUUGCGAGAAAUUUAUCGGCGAGUGAACCGAUUGCACUCACAGCAGAGAAAGUGGAAGAAAAUAUAGAAACAUUGUGCCCUCAUGUAAGUAAGCUGUUUUAUUCUCUGAUCUCAUAAGUUCGUCUUAGUCCCAUGUAAAAAGAAUGCUUUCAGUUUGAAUCCGUGCAGGGUUUUGUGAUGAAUGUGUUUUUCUUUGUUUUUUUAAGGUAAUCGAAGCAGCGCGGACGUUGGCUCACCAUCCAGUCAGUAAAAUAGCUCAGGAGAACUGUACAGUAUUUAUAGACAUUUGGGAAUCCCAGGUUGAGGAGCUUGGUAAACUAUUACGGAGUAUUAUCAGUGGAGGUGACCUCAGACGAAGUAAGUACUAUGAAUAAACGGCUCAUAGAUAGUGGUUUUGAAAUACACGUCCUUUGUGGUAAAUUCUCGCUAUAGUCUAAACUUCAAACUGUUGGUUCUUAGUGCAGGUGGUUACAGUAUGGUAUUGCAAUACAGUACACGUCUUUUGUGGUCGAUUCCGGCCCACUAGUCUAAACUUCAAACUGUUGGUUCUCAGCGUAGGUAGUGGUCUUGAAAUACACGUCCUCUGCAGUUGUGAUAGAUUCUCACUAGUCUAAACUUCAAACUGUUGGUUCUCAGUGUAGGUAGUGGUCUUGAAAUACACGUCCUUUGUGGUAGAUUCCAACCAGUCUAAACUUCAAACGGUUGGGUUUCAGUGUAGGUAGUGAUCUCGAAAUACACGUCCUUUGUCGUAGAUUCUUGGAAGCCUGAAUCAAAUGAUUGGUUCAGAGCAUAGUUGAAUUGAGUGUUAAAUUAGGUAAAGUCUUGAUUGUCAAUGAGCUAUAUUGAGAGAUUUAGAUAUUUUUCACGGCAAACGGGGCGCCAAUUGACUAAUUAAUAAUUUAACUAAUCACUUAUAAAGGUCACAAUGAUUAUGUUGAGUUUUAUUUGAAAUCAGUGUCUGUGAUUUAUAAUACUACUACUUGUCUACUACUACUUGUCUUGUCCUGUCGUUUUAACGGUUUUGUUGCCACCGUAGUUUCACAGUAAGCGUCCACUCUUGACGAAAUCUAAAAUUGCUCAGGAUUUUCAACGAUGGUGGCGUACGGAAUUUUUUAUCGUUUGAAGAAAUACGGAAAUUUUUCUUGAGAAGUGGAUGUUUAUUGCUGAUAUUACGGUGAGUAGCAUUCAACCUCUACUUAUACAUUCAUGUACGGAUUCCAGCAAGCUAGUACCGAAUCUUUUUCUACACGUAAUACUAUAAAACGUUACCCAAUCGAUUUGAGUACGAAACCAAUCGCGAUCAUGUCAAUUUCUUUUGCGACGUGUGGUCAUACUACUUUCAGAACAACACGAUCGAUAUACUAAUUCCACCAUGAUCAAGUAGUUUCCACCUAUAUUAAACGAUUUCACUCGAUAAAAACUAAUUAUUGAAGAGUUUUUUUUAUGCAAAUUUCGAGUUUGAAUCUUAUACAUUUACACUCGAGAUUUACAUCAAUAAAACCUUUCAACAAUUAGUUCUAUUUAGCGAGAUGCCCAACGACCUGAUAUUUAUCCAUACACCGUACACCAUUCACCAUACAUUGACAUCAUCACCUUAGGCUUAGUGUAUAUAUAUAUAUACAUGAAUUUGCGCUUAGAGCUCGAUAACUGGACUGUGUAGCUCAGUUGGUCAGAGCCUUGCACCAGAACCGUAGGUGUAAUAUAAAUGUAUAAAUUAAGACUCGAAAUUUCCAACAACAAAACCAUUCAUAAUUAGCUUUCCACUUGCCUGUUAGCAGCAUCACUUGAAGGACAUCGUUCAAUUUUUACAAUCCACCUGAGUAUAUAAAUCCCAAAAUUUGUAAUCUUCAUUUUUAGGGGAAGUUGGUCGAUCCAAAAAAGGAAAUGCCGCGAGUCCAUAUGCAACAUUGUAGCUUGCAAAAUCACCGAGUUAUGUCUUAUGAAAAUAUCGGUGAUGAUCUAUCAAGAUAUUAUCAAAGAUUUCGCACUGAUGAUGAUCUAUGGAGAACAGUUACGAUGCUGUGUUGGAUCUUUCAUAGAUAUUUAUACAAUAACAAUUUAGGAAAUAACAACUACUAUAGGUUUAAUUAAUAAUGUAAAUCACAAAAUAUUUUUGAUAUGUAUGUCACAAAUUUUUAAUAUGUAUAUCACAGAGACUUUUAUAAUUAUGCAAGAUGUAGAUGUAGACUGUAUUCUAACAAAUUUUUAACCACAGAAAAUAUGGUAUAGUUAGCGUUGAAAACGUUGUAUGAUUUUUCUCUAAAAGUCGUCUAUCAUAUAAAUAUAGAUUAUAAAUUAUAAAUAAAUUUAUAUAUCUGUAAUAGUACUGGUUAUAGUUGCAAUAAAUAUUCACUACUGUUCCUGUUAUGGGUUAGAUGUUGUCUGUGGUUCUAUGGCCCUAUAUGUAGUGCAGCACCUUAUAUAAAGACAUGCAUGCACACGGGGUUAUAUAUACCAACAAUCAAAUUGCUUCGCUGUUUAAAACACCUUUGCCCAAUUGUCUUCUAAGCAGCUUUUUUGUUAUUUACAUAGUGGAGAAUAAACUGACAGUUGAAAAAGACACUUUCCCUUCAAGAAUAGAUCAAAUGUUGGUGAGUACAAAAUUUCGGUGGCUGUCACUAAGUCUAUAUAUGGGACAAUAUAUACAGCAUGCAAUAUUUUUCAUGUUGAUGAGCAUAAACAUUAAAAGAACGGGGUCCUGAUUACAUGGACCAUAGUCUUUCAAAACAUGGUUUGGAAACUCCGCCAAAGUCUUUGUUCUAUCUUUUUGUUCGCGUUUAUGCAGUUUUGUGGACGGUGCACGGUCAAUGAACACAUUGUGUUUCAGUAUAAUGAGCGAAUCAUCCAAUAGCAACGUUUCAGUUUAGUCAUUCAACCAUGCUAUUUAAAUAAAUAAACCUAAAACAAAGUAUGUGCACAGUGUAAGAUACGGCUCAACAUACAGUAAACUCCCAGCUCAGUAUAACCGCUUUGAAGUUUACUGAGGUUCCAGCUAUAGACCAUGUCUCGAAAGACUAUGCAUGAACAAAGCACUAGAAUACAUUGUCUUUACGUUUUUUCAGAAACGAGGUUUGAAACGUGAAUCACCUGCUACUUCAGACAGUGAGGAUGAAAGUGAGAAAUCUAGUCAACAAAGUUCAAUGGUAAAUGUUGUCAGCACAUUUCGACAGGGUCAAAGUGUUUCCUCUGUCACAUGUGAGAACUGAGAAGAGCCUGUUUACUUCCAGUUUGACUCUCUCUGGUACUGCAGUUCCCCUCUGUAUAGUAACAUUGGAUCAGUCAAUCUCAAACUCAUUAAUACUUCAUGAGUAAAUUAUCCAAGCAUACUGGAUACCUGAUAAAGUAUAUUGAUCCAGUCCUAGGACCUUAGGUCCUUAAUUCAGUCCUCGGACUGUAUCAAAAUUAAAAGUAAUUUAUUCGUAUGAGAUGUCAUUUCAAAUCCUCCAAUUCGGACUGGACUAGAUUUCGGGUCCUGGCAUUUUCAUCCAGAAAUCUAGUCCAGUCCUCAUAUUCGGAUUUGACAUAUUGCUUAACGGAUGGAUCUUUAUGGAGAACCGUUUAGAACUGAAAGAGGUGUCCAGUCUAUAAAGAGGUUAUUUUAACCUAACUCUUGACGAAGGGCCUUCGCUCGAAACGUCGAGUUUCUACUUGUUUUUUAGGUAGUAAUAUAACCACUCAGCACAGCAUUUUCACAUUGGUACUACCAAUACUGGUACAGACUAUUUUAGUUUAGGUUUCAUUCUGCGUAGCAAUAAGGGUUCCAUUUGCCUUCACUUGGGACAAAAGUCCAGUAUAACUUUACAAAUAAACUCAAACAGUAUGUUGGAAAGAAGAAUAAUAGAAUGCGUGUUUUUCAGGAGCAAGAGAAAUUGAUAAAAAUCAUCGAAGAUAUCGAGUCUCUGACGAUAUCCGCCGAGAUGAAUGGUCGUGACAUCGAUCCACUGCACGAGGAAGCCAUGAGACGAGCCAGGGAAAUGUCCACGAUAGCUGAAACUAUGAAUAAAUUUCUCAGGGGAGAAGGCAGGAUCCACUCAUCAGAAGAGUUGUUUUUUGAAGCGCAGGUGUGGUGCAACACAUUUGUAUAAAUAUGAUGUCUUCACCUCCCCAAAGUUAAUCUCAAAGUUUACAAUGCUAGGUCCAAAACUGACGUCAGAGCCAACAUGCUUAACAAAUUAUUUUACAAUUUUGUGUAGCGUUUUGCAGACGUGGGACGAAAAUUUCAUAAGUUGAGCACACAAUUUCUUCUUCAGGUAUGUUGAAAUUGUCUUGUAGUUUUGUCCACAAUUGGUCAUUGUUAAUAUCUUCUCGUAUUCUUCAAUUUACAACCGCUCCUUCCUGUAGCUGCCAGAUGUACUGCCUAAGAAACAGCUAGCGCCAUACAUCGACCGUAUCCCUGGAUAUUGCCAGCAAUUAAACUUUGCAAGUAAAUCGUUUGCCGUCGGACAGUCUGCCACAUAUAUAAAGGUAUUGUGAAGAAAAUGUAAUGUGUAAUAGUCCUACAUUGUUCUUUCUGUGCAUGUGUGAUUUUCAUUUAAUGAACGAUUAUAGUGACUGGAUGAUUGUCGUUGUUAUACUGGACCAUCAAUCUUAAUAGCUUUGUUCUUACAUAGGCUGGAAGUGCUAUUCAUCUCACGAGAAAUAUCUUGAAAAUUAUAACAAGAAUUUUAAAAACCUUUCAUAACCUAACCGUAGAGGUAUGUAUAUUCUUAUGAAUGCUAUGAUAAACUAGAUAGCUCUGUCAGUUGUAAACUGUUGUCUUUGGUGGUCCUGUAAGGCCAUUCCAUUCUGGUCCGAUGUACCUGCAAGAGGAAACCAGAAUACCAGCCUGGAAAAAACCUGUCAUGUUUGACUGAGUCAGACUGGGCCGGGAGCACUCCUCUGGGGGGAAAUUACAAUCUGAAAUUACAAUUGAACACUGCAGGAAUCAAAUAACUAUAACCACAUUACACAUAAACUGUAUGCAAUUCAAAUUUUAACAACAACUUUUUUACUAUGAUGUUAAUUUUCAGGGUCCAGAACCUGGCUUAUACUGUCCAAGUUGGACCUCGGAUUUCUCUGAUGUCUCUUCCAUAUCCUCGUUAUCCUCAACGCCAUUCACAUCCUCUCUUACCCCUGAACCACCUCCAUAUCCAGCGAGCAUCUCUGAUAUUGAAUCGGACAUAGAUUCUGUCCAUGACCAGACUUUAUAGGAAAAAAACGUAUUUAAAUUGCUGCUUGCAUGUCUACGAGAUGCAAUUGAUAUUAUUGGCAUGAUAACAAGUUCUAACCAUAGAUAUCUUAUAUACACUAGAUAGUGCUGUGCAUCUAAUUAUUCGGCUGAAAUUCAAACAUUGAAGCCGUGAUUGCAGUCUCAGGUCGUUCCCAUAAAAUGAGAAGAUUCGUAUGUUUUCUAUUUCUUAAACAGGGAACUGAAACAUUAAGUUAACCCUAUUCCAAAUAGGUUUUUAAACUAUUGAAAUGAUGAAAGUUAUUGUUGUUUUUAAGCGUUUAUUAGCAAGUGGGAACGACCAACAUGGCCGCCAUCUAUUCAAAUGGAGGUAACCGCUGGAACAUUCUUGGCUUCAAUUUUACUAAAAGAUAUGCGCUAUCUAGUGUAUAUAAGAUAUCUAUGGUUCUAACGGUCCGCACACACGCAAAUGUCUCGCAUCUGUCCAUCUUGUACCAAGUCUGCCAACAAGUUGUCUUCGCACUGCUUGUCCCAAGUUGUCAACAAGUGUUUUUAAACAACUUCUGUUGAGAUUAUCAGACUUGUUGCAAGGUUGUUCCAACAAGUCCAAUACAGUCAUGAAUCUCACGAUAUAACAAUACUGUUACAACCUUGUGUCAUGAUGUCAUCAACCGUGUAACAUUCUUGUUAUAUCAUGACUGUAUCAGAUUUUUUAGAACAACUUUUCUCUACAAGUCUGAUAAUGCCAUCAACUUGUUACAACAACUGGGCUGUAACUGUCAACUACUGAAAAAAAUACAAACAGAACUUUGAAGUUCCGAGCGAAGGGAAAUUAGCUACUUUUAUUAUAUGGCUUUGCAGAAUCCUUGAUUCUGAUUGGUCGACGUGCGGUCCGUAAAAUGCGUAUCCAGACCGUGGUACGUAUGACAAUUUGACAGGCUCGAAUUAGAAACGUUUUUACACGUUUAUAAGGUCGUUAUGUGAAGAAAAAGUAUCCUUGGAUCAUUUUUAAGAAUAAGAAGUCUUGGAAAUAUUAAUAAGUACUUGUACCAACGCAAAUUUCAUCGAAAAAGCUAAGAAAACAAGCCGUUUGAACUCUUACUGGCAACCGUAAGUUCUGGCGGGAAAGUUUUUUGAUUUGCUUUACUUGUUUCAAAAAAUAAAUGAAGAUGAAUUUAACGUCUUUAAUACCAUAUUCUAAACAAAUAUCAUAUAAACUGGGUUUAUAAGCAUUUUUUCUGGGUGUGGGGGUUACCGAAAAAGUAGUUCUAAACUAAAGCAAUUGUUAUACAUGCUUUUCCGUAAACAAUAUUCGGUGACGAAACCAAAUCUGAACGAAGAAAACUAGCAAAUAAAACAUAGCUCAAAAAUGCCUUUAUAGCGCUCAAACAAAUAUAUGAAAAUCAGAAAAUGUGUUUAAGGAGCCAUAUAAUAAACGGUUUAUUAACCUCGUUUUGCUCGGUCUGUAUGGGAAAGUAAGCCUAUUUGCCUUAGGCAAAUACUUUCCCGUACAGACCUCGCUCUCAGUAUUUUUCUGCUAGUUGUACAGGGUGUCUAAAAAAAAACGCUAUGCAAAUUCAACAGGCUAUCGUGCAUUAAUUUUUACAUAGGACGAAAGAGCUGUUAUUUAUCUUUUCAACACUACCUUUUUUAGAUCGUAACGAUGAGAAAUGGCCACAUAGGCCUACUCGUCAAAUAAAAAUUGCCGGUGAAAAUCACAUUCUUCCACCGUUGGGUAUUGAAAAACAUUAAUUAUGCAAAAUUAAUCAAUCCAAAAGCAUGCAACGCGAGUCUGCUGCAAGCUACUGGCAUUUGACAAUUUGUUUCGUAAAACUUUGAUUUAAUACGAAUGUUAAUGUGCUCUGUUCAGUGGUUAAUUAACCAUGUCCAUGUUUAAUGACGUUCUUUUUAUAGAUAAUUGAACAUUCGAUUUUAAUUCCCUCUUGGGAAUUGUCUAUGACAAGGUUUUCCAUGCAACUCCUAACGGGCAACGGUGGAAGAAUGUGAUUUCGACCGGCAAUUUUUAUUUGACGAGCAUGUGGCCGUUUCUCAUCGUUACGAUUUAAAAUGAGUAUCAUUGUAAAGUUCCAAGACCCGCCAUGUAAAGACUAAAGUGUAGUGAAAUGCAUCUCAGUACUAAUCGUAAUCACGGAGGAGAGAGGUAAAGCUAAAUAAUUGUUCUUUCGUCCUAUGUAAAAAUUUAAUUGUUUAGUUAAGCCGGUUACAGACGAGCACGUUUUCUAUGACAAGUUUGUAUGUGACAAGUUUUAUUUCCUCGACGUCUGUACGCGCAACUUUGACAUUUUUUCUAUGACAACUGCACUUGUUCAAAAGCUAGCAUGCUAGCUUUUGAACAAGUGCGCUUGUCAUAGAAAAAAUUGUCAAAGACCAAGUACAAAUUUUGUUCGUCUGUAUGGGCCAACAAAGAAAACUUGUCAAAGUAAUCUGAGCAUUUGAUGCUAUUGGCCAUUGGACUAUUAUAAAUAUAAUUUUUCUGUUAUGGCGGCGAUAAACACCUUUUUCUGACACGUUUACACUAGUAAAUAAAACUUGUCAUAUGAAAACUUGUCAUAUAAAAUUUGUUGCAUAUACACACGUGCACUUGGCAAAUAAAACUUGUCACAUAAAAACUUGCCAUAGAAAACUUGUUCAUCUGUAACCGACUUUAGUUAAGUUUGACAGUUUGUGAUGCAUGCACCAUCAGCACAGCCUGUUGAAUUACCAUAGGCAUAGCGUUUUUUUACAUACCCCGUAUAUUUCUCAGCCCACAGAUGUCAUGAUAUUAACAAGUUGUCGUGACUCCUUGUUAAGUUGACAAGAAGCUGUGACAACUUGUAAACCAGCUAAUAAUCCUCAUACUGAGGGGUGUGCUGUACUGGAAGAUAGAUAAACCACGAGCCGGGAACAAGCAGUACGAACCUAAUAUCGACCUGUCCUUCAACAAGUCUGCAUGCAAGCUCGCAACAAAUUGCGUAACUUUUACGUGUGAAAGAAUAGAAAAAUAGCAUACGUUCCAAAUCGCAACCACAGAAGAAUCGCCAUGUUUUUGUAAUACAUAAAAUAUUUCCCGCGUAUAUAAUAUAACUGAUACUGAGAAAACUUGUAAAAUACAGCUAGUAUUAAUAUGCCUGCAUCGCAUUAUAUAAUUCUAUACGUAUUUAAUAUUUUAAAAAUUUAAUACACCUUCAAGUACAAAAGGUCACUAAGAACUAUUAUACUUAGAACUAUUAUAAUUACAACUUUUAUAUCGCAAAAGAGCCAUUAGCAUUGUGCUCUAAUAUGGGCCAAUAAUGGGCUGCAGAAAAAC